AUGCUAACCGCCUUAAAAACCGAAGAAGAAAAAGAAGUAGUGACGUUUUGUGGUGUCAAGAGCGAGGACGAGAGAAAUACAUCAACUGGGGACACUGAGGGACAAACGAGACACAGACGAGACAUUCAGAGGAACUGUCUUCUCUUCAGGGACAGUGAGACAGGCAGCGGCAGAGAGACGGGAAGAUGAAAGGAGCCACCGAGGACCCGAGCACGCUCUGUCUGUUUGAUGUUGACGGAACGCUCACAGCCGCAAGACAGCGUGUCACUCCAGACAUGUCAGAGUUCCUUGAGGAGCUAAAGAGUCGGGUUCGAGUCGGAGUGGUAGGAGGCUCGGACCUUUGUAAGAUCAAAGAGCAGCUGGGGGAAGAUGUGAUCCAGAAAAUGGACUACGUGUUUGCUGAGAAUGGUCUGGUGGCCUAUAAGGAUGGACAGUUGCUCUGUAUCCAGUCUAUCCAGGCCCAUAUGGGGGAAGAGCUGCUCCAGGAUUUCAUUAACUUCUGUCUCAACUACAUGGCCAAGAUCAAACUGCCUAAGAAGAGGGGGACAUUCAUUGAAUUCCGUAAUGGGAUGCUUAACGUCUCCCCCAUUGGGCGCAGCUGUACACAGGAAGAGAGGAAGGAGUUCUACGAGCUGGAUCAGAAAGAGAAAAUCAGAGAGAAGUUUGUGUCAAUAUUGAAGGAAGAAUUCAAAGGAAAAGGACUGUCCUUUUCGAUCGGAGGCCAGAUCAGCUUCGAUGUGUUUCCUGACGGCUGGGACAAGAGAUUUUGUCUGAGAUUUGUUGAGGAGGACUUCUCAACCAUCCAUUUCUUUGGGGACAAGACCAAACCUGGAGGAAAUGACUACGAGAUCUACUGCGACACUCGGACCGUCGGCCAUGAAGUGUGCAGUCCAGAGGAGACGCAGCGGCUGUGUCAGCAGCUCUUCUUCUCAUGAGAGGACUGGUCCUGCGAGUGCUGCUUGAUCACAUCUUAAGGUUUAAUCACAGAAAUAAAGGAUUGAAUGCAGCGUGUCUUUGGUAAUGAGGAGGAUGGAGCAGCAAGACUAACGGACACUCUGGCUGGGUUUUAAAUUAAGCUGUCUUGGCUCUUACUGGGAUGUAAUGGUUUAAAAUGUAUUAUUGAAGGAUUUUGAUCCAGAACUGGGCUCGGGUUGCCAUCAUUACCCCAUGGUCAACAGGUACCCACUGAAAGUGUUUAUGCAGAGAUGUCUAAUUCUCCCCUAUCGAUUGUUAAAACAAACCCAACUAGAAUCUGUUGUGUAUGUCCUGUCAUUCUGUGAGGCAUGUCGUUACACCUGGUCAUGAGUCGGCUAUCGACUAAAGCCCAGCUCCCUGUGAGGAGUGAGUCUGGGACCCUGACCUAGAGGACUGAUUCCCUUCUGAUGAUCACAUGUCAGAGUAACACACUGACGCAGGGAGAGCCUCUGGCUGGAGCUCAGAUGUCUUCCAUGUGUCAGCCAUGUUUUGUAUCACUGCUGCAGUGUAUUCACAUACAGCAUACCCACGCCCUACUGUAUGUUACAGAACAUGCUAGUACUUUGAAGCAUAUGGUCAUUAGAAGGCACCACAUGGAAAUAUCUCCACACAGUGAAUCUAUGUCAUGGCCCCCUGUGGUAUCUGUCAUGGAUGGCUUUAUACAGAUGUGUCAACUCCUUAAAACACACAGUAGAAUGAGGUUGAAACUUAAGAUUCUGCUAUAAAACAUGUGAACUGUGUCCCUGCUACAAAGUACAAUGUGUGGGGAACCCCACUGAUACGGGAUAUUAUUGUGUCAACACAUUUAUUAAUGAAGAAAAAUGUUUGCACAGGAUUCCUGAAAUAAAGACGUGAGCAGAAAAUGUA